AUGAAGGCUCUGUUCCUUGGUUGCUGCCUUCUCUACGCUAGCCGGAAUGUUCUUCCAGUGUGCUCGUCGGAGAUCGCCCUUGAGUUAAAGUGGACGCGCCAAGAUGAGGCAAGUGGUGAAUUUGUUCUUCCUUUCACCACAUUCAUCUGGGGCUUCACAACUGUCAUGUUUGUGUUGCUGCCCCUCGUCUCGUCACAAAAGGAUGUAAUCUUCCAUUUCUUCCUGCUGGCCCGUUUCUUACUGGGCAUUUUUCAAGGUUUCUUCUAUCCAGGGCUAGCGAGUCUGAUGGCAAAACGUGUGCAGACCUCUGAGCGCCAAUUUACCUACGCUUUUAUAACCUCUGGAUCCCAUGCCGGACCAUUGCAUCAUUCCCCCGUAUUCUUUUCCAGCACGCUGUUUUGCGGUUUUGUGGGCUCCUUCUUGACGGAAUUCUACGACUGGCGCAUUCCCUUCUUCCUCAUUGGCUGUUUUGCUCUGCUGUGGGCCACUUUUGUCAUCCGAAAGGUCUACACUAUUGACGGCCAUUCGAAGGGUUUCCAGCUCCUACACCUCCCACUUACUUCCUCGUACAAAUUCUUUGGUUACCUUACUUCUUUGCCUGUGCACGAUGUUGAGACAGGCCUUGUCUCAAAAGUGGACAAAACCCCGGUUCAGACUCCUCACCCACCCUCCGAUGCAGUUAGUUGGGGACGCCUCACACGCCAGCCAGCCUUUUGGGCGAUGUUGCUCGGUAACUUUGUUUUUAACAACACCUUUUACAUCAUUCUCAACUGGCUACCCUCCUACUUCCACGACAACUACCCGGACGCUAAAAGUUGGAUCUUCAAUGUCGUCCCCUGGCUCAUCGUUGUGCCGUGUGCACUACUCGGCGGUCUUAUGGCUGAUCGCUUGAUUACCCAAGGCUUCUCUGUGACCUUUGUGCGUAAACUUAUUUCGUCCAUAGCCUUAUUGGGAACGUCGCUGUUUCUGGUCCUCUUGCCUGUGUUUGAGGGCUUUUACUCCUCGCUGCUGUGCAUGGCUCUGGCGAUCGCUUGCUGCGGUUUCCACAACAGCGGUAUUCUUCUCAACCCUCAGGAUAUCGCCCCUAUGCAUGGGGGACAGGUGUUCGGUGAGUCCACUCUCAUUCAUUAUCGCUUCGAAAGCCGUCUUGAAGGAUUGUGCGUCAUGUCAACUAUAGGCACAAUCCCUGGGUUUACGGGCGUCUACUUCACAGGCUACGUGCUUGAGAAAUCGCGCUGCUGGUCCACGGUCUUUCAGUGUGCUGCGACCGGGAAUUUGCUGGGCUGGAUUGUCUACAUUGCCUUCGGCUCCUCCCGGCCCCUCAUCUGA